UCUUUGGCCAACAUACAGCAGUCACUGGUGCUGGUGGACCCCAACGGGCCGGACAUGCCAAUAGUGCAUGCUGGCCAGGGGUUCCUGCAGCUGACAGGCUACCCAAGGGACAAGGUAAUAGGCUACAACUGCAGGUUCCUCCAAGGCAUGGACACUGACCCCAAGGCAGUGGCCAAGGUGCGCGCUGCUGUCGCUGCCCAACCGCCCAAACCUGUCACCGCUACCCUCCUCAACUAUCGCUAUGAUGGAACGCCAUUCUGGAACUAUCUGCACAUCAGCCCCGUGCGCGGUGCAGAUGGCGAGGUGGUCUACCUGGUGGGUGUGCAGGUCGAUGUCACAGAGUCGGGGGAUGCAGGCGCACCCUUGCUAGGUGCCGUAUCCCUCAAGCACAAGCUGCUGCACGCUGGCACUGUCGGGAAGGUGAAGGUGGCAGUGCGUUCACUGGCUGGUGGCGACCGAGGCCUUCGGCGAUCCUUGGACAACUUGGAACUCACACGACGGGGCUCCAUCGGCAACAGCUAG